AUGCAUGACCUACAGCAAAAGAUAACCAUUGAGGCGCAGAUUCGAUGUGAUAAGUGCCGGUCCAAGGCCAUGAAGAUAGCUGUUGCGGAAGAUGGUGUAAUAUCAGUGGCUUUCCAGGGACCCAACAGAGACAAAAUGGUGAUAACUGGAGAUGGAGUUGAUGCUGCGGACAUGGCGAAGUCGUUGAGGAAGAAGCUUGGCUACGCAGACUUGGUGAGUGUCGAAGAAAUAACUGAAAAGAAAGCUGUGAACAAAGUUGAACCUAAACAGGAAAAGAAAGCCGAAAAUGCAAGACCACAACCUUGUUCUCACCAUCCUCAGUUGGAAUUCUACAUCCAUGAUCCACCAUCAACGAGUAUGUGCACCAUUUUGUGA